UUGUGGUAGCCAAUUGAAAGUUAGGAAGGGAAGUCACCUCCUACCUCUCUGCAAUAGCCAAUUGUGAGGCUUGUCUCCACCCUAAACAUCUACCUUUAUUCCCUAACAUUCUUCCUACUCUGACCUCAGUCCAACCUCCCCCAGACUUAGUCAGUGUCCCUCCCUUCUGCAGUUAUAACCUCCAUAACAACUGUCCUGGGAACUGAAGAUUCCACCUCCCCAGACCACCUUGGGGCUGUACCUGGCCAAGUUUGAAAAGGCAAUGUUUGACUGACUUUAGCAAUUGGACCUCAUGAAUCAAAGGCUCUGAGUCUGAAGGCUGCCUCAGCUCCCACCUUUUCACCAUGGACCAAGAUUAUGAAAGGCGUCUUCUCCGACAGAUCAACAUCCAGAAUGAAAACACAAUGCCUUGUGUUGCUGAGAUGAGACGAACUUUGACACCUUCCAAUUCUCCCAUGUCCUCUCCCAGCAAACAUGGAGACCGCUUUAUACCUUCUAGAGCUGGAGCCAACUGGAGCAUUAAUUUCCAUAGAAUAAAUGAAAAUGAGAAAUCACCCAGUCAAAAUCGGAAAGCAAAAGAUGCUACUUCGGAUAACGGCAAAGAUGGCCUAGCCUAUUCUGCCUUGUUAAAGAAUGAGCUUCUAGGAGCUGGGAUUGAGAAAGUCCAGGAUCCUCAGACAGAGGACCGAAGGCUACAGCCCUCCACACCAGAGAAAAAGAGCCUCUUUACCUACUCCCUCAGCACCAAACGCUCAAGUCCUGAUGAUGGCAAUGAAGUCUCUCCAUAUUCUUUGUCUCCAGUCAGCAACAAAAGCCAGAAGUUGUUAAGAUCUCCACGGAAACCCACCAGAAAAAUUUCCAAAAUCCCUUUCAAAGUCCUUGAUGCCCCUGAGCUCCAAGAUGACUUCUACCUGAAUCUAGUAGACUGGUCUUCCCUCAACGUUCUAAGUGUUGGCCUGGGCACUUGUGUUUACCUCUGGAGUGCGUGUACAAGCCAGGUAACCAGGCUCUGUGAUUUAUCUGUGGAAGGAGAUUCUGUGACUUCUGUAGGAUGGUCUGAACGGGGGAACUUGGUAGCAGUUGGAACCCACAAAGGCUUUGUACAGAUCUGGGAUGCAGCUGCAGGGAAGAAACUGUCCAUGCUAGAGGGUCACACAGCCAGAGUUGGUGCAUUGGCCUGGAAUGCAGACCAGCUUUCUUCUGGGAGCAGAGAUAGAAUGAUUCUCCAGAGAGAUAUUCGAACACCCCCAGUGCAGACUGAACGACGACUGCAAGGUCAUCGGCAGGAGGUGUGUGGACUAAAGUGGUCCACUGAUCACCAGCUUCUUGCUUCAGGUGGAAAUGAUAAUAAGCUUCUAGUCUGGAAUCACUCCAGUUUAAGUCCUGUCCAACAGUACACAGAACAUCUGGCAGCUGUGAAAGCAAUCGCCUGGUCUCCCCACCAGCAUGGCCUAUUAGCAUCAGGUGGUGGAACAGCUGACCGUUGCAUCCGCUUCUGGAACACACUUACAGGACAGCCCCUGCAGUGCAUUGAUACUGGUUCUCAAGUGUGCAACCUGGCCUGGUCCAAACAUGCCAACGAACUAGUGAGCACACAUGGAUACUCACAAAACCAGAUCCUGGUCUGGAAAUACCCUUCCCUGACACAAGUAGCCAAAUUGACCGGGCAUUCAUACCGAGUUUUGUACCUGGCAAUGUCUCCCGAUGGAGAGGCCAUAGUUACUGGUGCUGGAGAUGAAACUCUGAGAUUUUGGAAUGUUUUUAGCAAAACUCGUUCAACAAAGGAAUCCGUAUCUGUCCUAAAUCUCUUCACUAGAAUCCGGUAACUCCCCAACCCUGAACACCAGGACCACACUACAUUGUACAGGGAAAAACCACUAAUCAAUGUGCAUGGAACCCCUGUUAUCAGCUGGAAAAGAAAAGAGGGGUAUGGUGGGUAGGUGGACCUGGAGAAACCUUCAAGAUUCUUAUUAAAUACCUGAUUGUGAACUCUGUUGAACAGUAUUUGGAAAGGGGACAAGGUUGGGAGGAACCACUCAAAUUUUAAGAGGAGCCCAUUCUUCACUAAGGGCAAACAGAAGAGAAACAAAUUGGGCAGCAUCUGCAUUUCACACACCAGACAGGAUUGGUGUGGCCGAGACCAGCUCAACUUGAGAACAGGGUUGCCUUUUCUGCUCCAUUAUCCCUAGGAAGAGAUGAACAACUUUACUUCCUUUUUUGUCAUUAUUGUAUUCUGGGGAAACUAGGGACUGGAGGUCAGGGGAGAGGCAAGCUAUAUGUGACCUUAAAGUCAUGGCAGCCCCAUACCCCUGUGUUUAAAAAAUGGACUGCUUUAGAAGUCAAGGCUCUUUGGGGCCAAAUGUUCUCAUGUAAAAUGAAACAGGAGUUAGAAAACAGUAACUUUUCAAAGGAUUUACAGCUGGAAUUUGGAAUUUCCAACCUCCCAGAAGGUGCCAAAGCUAGGAGUGAUCAUCCAGAAGGAGAGUGAAAUGCCGUAUUAUGUGUUCUCCAGUGCAUGCCACAUAAUUUUUUUUUUAAUAAUUGUAAACUCUUCCUGCAACUGCUUUGGUAAUAAAUAUACAAAGUGUAACCAAAUAGAGGUUGCCUCCAAACCAGGCUACCCAUGAGAUCAGAUAUCUUAUCCAUCCUGGUGGGUUUGGGAGUGAAAAAAAGAGAAGAGAUCUGCCAAGGAAUGUGAUUCAAGUUGUAGGGAUCAUUAAAGGAGGGGCAUAGCUUGCUAGAGGAGUCAAUCUUUUGACCUAUAGGAGUAGUAUUUAAGAUUGACAGAAUGUGCACUCCCAGCAAUAUUCUUGUGGGUAUCAGGGAGAGAGAACUUUAUCAUGUGUAGUCCUUUGUAUGUUAUGGGAAACUAGUGUGUGAUCUGUGAGUAGUGAACUGAGCCCAUCACUCCAGUCGAUGUGUUGCCAUUUCUGAGUGUGUGGGUCAGUCAUCUGUCCAUCCCCACUCUGGGAAAACCAGUGAAUGGAUUGGGUGGUAGUUUUCACCAGGGCUGACAUUUGAGUGCAUAUGGUCAGUUAUCAUGUUUUACAGAGUGCUCUUGGUUUUGGUGUGGCCAUAGGGGAUGAGCCCAUGAUUGUCCCAAUGAUCAUAUAGUUGCUGAGCUAUUGUUGGCCCAGCUAGGUAUGGUCCAGGGAAUACUGAAUGGCCCUGGUGGGCAGGGUGGGAUGCAUGAUUUGGUAUGUUGUGUGGCCUUCAGGUAAAUUGCCUUCAAUUGGGUCAGCUGCAUGGCUUUUAUUUGCAGCCUUUUUUCUCUUUGUCAUAACUUCAGUGCAAUUGUCAAAGACAUCAUCUGCCUGAAAUAUUCUACUACUAUAGUCAAAUUAUUUUUGUAUGUGAUGCACCAUGAUUUGUGUGCCACUCAUCACAGUUCCUUCAGUAGUCUUGUAGGUAUGGUUUGCAUGGGAUAUAAAGUUAUCUAGAAUAAUUCAGUCAGCAUGGGAGUAUAUCUAGACCCAUUAUCUUUAAGAUUAACUUAAACGGCAGAGCAGUCCUUAGAAGAACAGUAAAGGUAUUUAUUUGGGACCACAACAACUAUAACAUUCUCUGUGAUGCAGUAACAUUUUUCGUUUUUGUAAUUACUCCAUAUCCAAUGAUGGCAGCACUUGUGGGAUCCUUUAAGAGAAAAGUUAAUAAAUGUACAGCCUCACCUGUGUAAUGUUUGGUAGGUGUCAUAAACCACUAAGUAGGCCCACUCAGAAGCCAGAGUACGUAGUGCACAUUAGUAGACAUAGCAUUCCAUUGGUGUGAAUGGACAGAUGGAUUGAAUAUGAUUGAUAAUAAUGUUGUGGGGUACAUCUCCCCUUACAAGAUAUUCAUGGCAUGAGAGGGACUAGUUGAGGGGCAUGUACUGGAGAACUCCACUAAUAAGGCACUUCACUUCAGUUGUGUUAUUCUCAUAGCUACCACUCACUCCACCUGUCAUCAGGGUCAGUGAUGCUGGAGUGAGAGGGAGGAGCAGAUAGAAUUGCUGCAGGAGGCAUGACUACUUGAGUGGGAAGCAGUGGCUAUAUCUUGCCUGUAGCAGGUAUGCCUUGCGCACUUCUGAAUGGGAAUCUGAAUCCUAGGAGCUGGGACUUCUGGGCAGAAACCUUGAUCUUUUUGCUGCUGAAGCUCUUAUCUUGACCUCCAGUGGGGUUUGCUCCAUUCCUGUCUCUGCUUUGGAAACAGCCAAGAGAGCCUACCUGUAUCAGCUUCUUUCGACAGGCCCUCCAGAAAUACCAGGGGAGUCCAAUAAUCUGGACCGCUCAGUAGAGUGACCUGCAUAGCAUCUGUUGACUUGAGCAUCCCAGCAGAUGAUGAGACGCCUGUUGACUCAGCCAAGGCUCGGGACAUUCUUUCCUGGUUCCAUGGAGGAAGUUCCCAUGCUACACACUCUUAACUGUAAAUCCAAAAGGCCAAACAGCUCUACUGUACUUCAGUGUGGUGAUCUGUGUAGGCAAGACAGCUUAUACUGACAGAUUUAACCAGCCAGCUUGAUGACAUCCAGCACUUUAAAAUGUUUGAGGUUUAACAACCACCAAGGCCUCCGUGGAUACAGCAGAAGAAUUCAUUGCAACUCUAUUAAAAUGGACUUUUUAAGGAAACAAUAUCAUUGAGAAUGUGACCCAUUCAAAACUCAUCUCUAUGUCUCUUAGCCUUAUGGGAAGAAAUGACCAGUGUGUGAAAGUCUUAGCAGAACUGCGGAAUGUUUGGUCUACCAUAGCUAUUGCCACGUAGGUCAUAGCACCACGUGUGUCAAAAAAAGGGUGGGGGGUUGGAUGGUUGGUUUUUUUUUUUAAAGGAUGAGGUAAUAUUGGGUUGGAUUUGCUAUCAAAGAAAACAAGUUAUUUCAAAUUGUCAUUCUUUUGGAUGGAAAAAGAAAGAGGGCAUCAUGUGUUUAUGAAUCUGGACACCAGCUUUUUUUUUAUCUUUAUUAGCUUUUCAGAAAAGCAUUUUUAUUUUUCAGAGUGAAAUCUUAGUUCUUUUGUUUCCUACUGGACAAGUGGGGUUCUUGGUGCUUUGAGUGGUACAGUGAGGAGGACCUGGGGAAGGGCAAUUUAUGUGGCUUUUAGCUUAAAGAAUGAAAACGUUGCUUCCACUUCCUGUAGUCCUUUACUCCUAUCUAUGUGCUAAUCCUCAGUCCUGCUGUACAUUUUGCCUUCAUCCCUGUUCCCUUUCCCCACUGUAACUGGAUGUCAGUCUGUUCUGUCUCUUGUUUUCUCUGUUUUGGUUGUUCCUUUCAGUAGACCACCAACCAUACAGAACAUGUGGGUUCUGAGUGAAGAAGAGGUCAAUCCGGACCGUCUGGGUAACAACUCCUGAAUAAUGACCCUAUAGUGAAGAACAAUCUCCUUAAGAAAGAAUUGGACAAUUUGGACCUGACAGAUUGUAGAAUAAUGUGUAUUCUUAGAGCUUUAGGCAAGAAGAUCUUUGAAACCCAGUGCCUGGCUCUUCCUCCUCCUUUUACCCUUUUGACAGUUCUUUGGCUACCCCAGGUGUGCCUGAUGUUGGCCUGUAAGAGCUGUUGAAGCCAAACUACCAGUUGAGCCUUUUAGUCUUUUGCCUUCCCCUUCCAUGCCCUCUCCUGUCUACCUUUUACGCUGGAAUGACAUGGCCUAGACUUCUGUGACUCAUGUAGAAAUUAGCAGCCUGUCACAGCAGUUCCUACCUCAGAGGUUUAAGCCAGUGAGGGCCUGUUCUUGGAGUAGGAAAGAGCACUGAGCCUGGGUGGGAGGGGAGAUUGGGGAAAGCUACUGGCUUAAGUUCCAGGAGUGGUGCCUUCCCCACCCAUGCCCUGAACUGAGGGUACUUUGAAAAUCCCAGGUUGAAAGAGAUAUGAGAAACCAGAAAACCAUCCAUCCCCUCCAGGGUCCAGAUGCUCCCCUACCCUAGCUGUGCCAUUGGAAAGAUUAUGGCAGAGCAAUUGUAAACAUUGUUUAUUAAGUAGAGCUGAAAGCUGGCAGGAGACAACACUGAGGCAGAGAAAAAGAGAGUUUUGCCGAUAAGUCAGGGUUUUCUUGGCUUUAUAACUUGAGAGCCAAUCCCCAAUGCCUUAGGUUACAGUUAAAAUGCCCAACCAGGCCUCACCUUUCUCUUAGGUCUACUCUGUUGUAGCUUCUUCUAUGCUAAAAAGAGAAUGUUCAAAGCAUAGGUGAGAAUUUUAUUUGGAUUGGAAUACUCUGCUUUUUGAAAAAAUGUUUCCUUUGCUCUGUAACUUUCCUUGAGCCCUCCCCAUAUGUGUGUUUAUGUGUGUACAUAUGUAUUUGUUUGUGGUGGGGUUUUUUUUUUUGUUGUUUGUUUCACAUGUUGAAAAUCAACUCACAAUUUUCAUAAAACUCGGCCUCAGAAAAGCAUGAGGAGCAUAGUAAAGGGGAAUAACCAGCUAAGUCUCCAGUUUUCCAAGUUGUUGUUUUUCUUAAUGGCUGAUGAAUGUGCAGAUUUUUUUUCAUGCCUCUUAAAAGUUUUAUUUUUAAAAUCAAGCAUGAUUAAACUGGACAGCUCAGAAACAGAAUUUCAUCCCACACCUAAGUAGAGGCAGAAAGAGCAUCUCAAUGGAAUUAAUCUCUCACCCAAGCCUCACAGCCUUGGGAAGAAAGGCCAUUGAAGCCUGUGAGUUCUAUUCUAGGCCCAGUUGUCAUUCACAGUCAAGAAUCCUUAGGGAAGUUUAGCUUCCCAAGGGCACCAAAGAGACUUUGCUGGGGGAAGAAGUAUGUGAGAGAGAGAGAGAGAGAGUGAGUGUGUGUGUGUGAGUGAGUGUAUGUGUGUAUGUGUAUGUAUGUGUAUAUACAUAUAUAUAUUUUUUAGUUUUUGUUUUGUUUUUUCAAUGGUAAAACCAACUCCCGCCUUGUCCCCGUCCCCUGCCCUGUGCAGUUGCCAAAGGAAUUCGACAAGUUCAGGGAACUGCCCUCAGAAAAGGUAUCUCACUGGUAACGUGUGUUUGGGGCGGGAGGGGGAGCUGUAUGCAUGCCUAGAUCUGUGCAUAGAAUCUUGUGUCAUUGAUUGUGUGAAACAAUUGGCCGUCCAGUGUCUGCUGAAUUCAACUUGUAAAUGAGACAACAAAAAAGUGAAAUAUUGUAUUUUCCAUGUGUGGCACUUCUAAAUUGUACAGUUUUGAGGUGGUUUGGGGAAGAGUGGGGAAUUUCUUCUCCCAGAAUUUAUACAGGCCAGUCCACAGAGCGGGAGGCUUGUCCCACAUGUUGCAUCAAAAAGUGGAGAGUAUAUAUUGAGAGAACAAUGUAAGUUUUUCAUGUAAAGCAAUGUAACUGGCAUUAAACAAGUUGUAACUUUAA